CUUACUUUGACACCUUCUCAGUAACGAUGAGUCAUCUAGAGAAAUCACUCUUUCAGCUCAAAUUCACCGCCAAAUCUCUACAGAGACAAGCUAAGAAGGCUAAUAAGGAUGAAGCGACAGAGAAGAAUAAGUUAAAGCAGGCCUUGCAAAAAGGAAACACGGACGGUGCCCGUAUAUACGCUCAAAAUGCUAUCAGAAAGAAAACAGAAGGACUCAAUUUACUUCGACUCGCUUCACGGAUCGACGCCGUGGCUUCACGAGUAGAGACGGCUGUGACGAUGAGGACGGUCACCAACAGUAUGGGUCAGGUGGUCAAGGGUAUGGACAAAGCUAUGGAGAGUAUGAACUUGGAACGGAUAUCCAUGGUGAUGGACAAAUUCGAAUCACAAUUUGCGGACUUGGACGUUCAGACGGGAUAUAUGGAAUCGACGAUGAGCGAUACGACAGCUUUGACAACGCCGCAAGAUCAAGUGGAUGCUUUGAUAAAUAGGGUCGCUGAUGAAGCCGGGUUGGAAAUUCGGCAAGGUCUCGGAGAGGCUCAGGUACCUGAGGCUGCUCCAGCGCAGACACAAUCAGAAGCCCCUUUGGAAGAGGAUGGUCGAUUAGCCGAGCGAUUGAGAGCCUUACGACCUGCAGUGUAGAGCAGUGUGUCCAUGCAAUGUUUGUACUAUACACUUAUGCACCUCUUGAUCUUCUCU